CAGACAAACCACACACCAACCUGUUACGUAAUGACCCCUCAGCGCUGCUAUCGCCGCCUAUCAUCUUCUGUUUGCUAAGUAGCUAUCUGCACGGGAAAGUGGGUGUAAUGGAUUGAUUUGCGGACACUUACGUUUGCGAAAUAACGCGCCUGUCAAAACAUCACACCCCUUAAAACCACAACCAUGUUUGGCCGGUCACGGAGCUGGGUUGGAGGACAAGGAAAAGCGAAAAACAUCCACUCCCUGGACCAUUUGAAGUAUAUGUACCAUGUCCUGACCAAAAACACCACAGUGACAGACCACAACCGAAAUCUUCUAGUGGAGACCAUCCGCUCCAUCACAGAGAUCCUCAUCUGGGGGGACCAGAAUGACAGCUCUGUAUUUGACUUCUUCCUGGAGAAAAACAUGUUUGCGUUCUUCCUGAACAUCCUGCGUCAGAAGUCGGGACGCUACGUGUGUGUCCAACUCCUCCAGACCCUCAACAUACUGUUUGAAAACAUUAGCCAUGAGACUUCCCUAUAUUACCUCUUGUCGAACAACCACGUGAACUCCAUCAUCGUCCACAAGUUUGACUUCUCGGACGAGGAGAUCAUGGCCUACUAUAUCUCCUUCCUCAAGACCCUGUCACUCAAGCUCAACAACCACACCGUGCACUUCUUUUACAAUGAGCACACUAAUGACUUUGCCCUGUACACCGAGGCCAUUAAGUUUUUCAACCAUCCUGAAAGCAUGGUCCGCAUCGCAGUCCGGACCAUCACACUCAACGUCUACAAAGUUUCAUUGGACAACCAGCACAUGCUGCACUACAUACGAGAUAAGACAGCGGUCCCAUAUUUCAGCAACUUGGUCUGGUUUAUUGGCAGCCAUGUCAUCGAACUGGACAAGUGUGUGCAGACAGAUGAAGAGCAUAGGAACAGAGGGAAGUUAAGUGACCUCGUAGCAGAGCACCUCGACCACCUGCACUACCUGAACGAUAUCCUCAUCAUAAACUGUGAAUUCCUUAAUGACGUUUUGACCGACCACCUCCUCAACCGUCUGUUCCUGCCCCUCUAUGUCUACUCUUUGGUUAUCCCUGAGACGUCUGAAGAGCGAAAGAUUAACCCUCAGGUGUCCCUCUACCUGCUGUCUCAAGUGUUUCUGAUCAUUCACUAUCAGCCAAUGGUCAACGCACUGGCCGAAGUUAUUCUCAAUGGAGAUCUGUCUGUCUUCACCCCACAGACGGAUAUACACAGCACACACAAGAACACGGCCAGUGCAGGAGGUGUGCGUUGCUUCACCAAGCCCCUGGAGUCUCUGGAGCGCUCCCUGGAGCUGUCCCGCCACCGUGGCCGCAAGAGAACUCAGAAGAGGCCUAAUUACAAGAACCUAGGAGAGGAGGAGGAUGACGAAAGAGCUCGAGGAGGCGGAGGAGGAGUAGAGGAGGGCUGGGACGACGACAGCAGAGGAGGAGAGAGGGAGGGAGGCCGAGAGAGGGAGAAAGGAAAAGGUACAGAGGGAGUAGGAGGAGGGAGUUCUAAGGGAAGCAGAGCGAGUGGGGAGACGGCGGAAGAGAUAGAGAUGGUGGUGAUGGACAAGUGUAAGGUGACAGAGCAGAACAUCACUGAUGAAGAGAAGACCGCUGCAGCCACCCGCACACACACGCAGAGGAGCAGACCAUUCUUAGACAUGGUGUACAGUGCUCUCGACUGCACCAAUGAUGACUACCAUGCCCUGUUUGUCCUCUGCCUGCUUUAUGCUGUCUCACACAGCAAAGGUAUUAACCGAGAUCUUCUGGAGCGUCUGCAGUUGCCAGUUCCUGACCAGGAGAAGAGCUCUUACAGCCUGGUGCUGGUAGAGAGACUGAUCAGAGUUAUGAGCCAGGCAUCACAGCCAGAUGGUAAAGUGCGUCUAGCUACCCUGGAGCUUAGCUGCCUUUUACUGAAGCAGUCUGUGCUCUCUGGAAACCAAUGUAUAAUCAAAGAUGUACAUCUGGCCUGCCUGGAGGGUGGUAGAGAAGAAAGUCUGCAUUUACUGCGGAGAUUCUACAAGGGCGAGGAGAUCUUUCUGGACAUGUUUGAAGAUGAAUACAGGAGCAUGACGAGUAAACCCCUGAAUGUGGAGUAUCUAAUGAUGGAUGCCUCAGUGCUGCUGCCACCCACCGGUACCCCUCUGACUGGCAUCGACUUUGUCAAGAGACUGCCCUGUGGAGACGUGGAGAAGACACGCAGGGCAAUCCGUGUGUUCUUCAUGCUGAGGUCCUUAUCGCUUCAGCUUCAGGGAGAACCUGAGACGCAGCUGCCUCUGACCAGACCUGAAGACCUUAUCAAGACUGAUGACGUCUUAGACCUCAAUAACAGUGACCUAAUUGCCUGUAUGGUGGUCAGUAAAGAUGGCGGCCAGGCCCAGAGGUUCCUCGCUGUAGAUGUUUACCAGAUGAGUCUGGUCGAACCAGAAACCAAACGCCUUGGAUGGGGUGUAGUCAAGUUUGCCGGCCUUCUGCAAGACAUGCAGGUGUCUGGCGUUGAGGAUGACAGCAGAGCAUUGAACAUCGUCAUCCAUAAGCCCAGCUCCAACCCCCACGCCAAGCCCCUGCCCAUCCUGCAGGCCAACUUCAUCUUUGCCGACCACAUCCGCUGCAUCAUCGCCAAGCAGAGGCUGGCCAAGGGUCGCAUCCAGGCCCGACGAAUGAAGAUGCAGAGGAUUGCAGCUCUGUUGGACCUGCCUGUGCAGCCCAGUGCGACGGAGGUGUUGGGUUUCGGUCAGACAGCAAACGCUUCACCCAGCGGCCUGCCUUUCCGGUUCUACGAGCAGUCAAGACGGGGGCCCAACGACCCCACAGCAAAUAGAGCAGUGUUUGCCUCUGUCGAUAAAGUACCAGGUUUUGCAGUGGCUCACUGUGUGUCGCAGCACAGUCCCUCGCCCCUCUCCUCCCCCUCGCCUCCCUCCAGUGGGAGUGGGAGCACAGGAAGAUGUGACUCUGUUACUGCAAGCACUAUAUCAGCUCAGAGCCCCACAGAUGAUGGUACGUUUUUGGACCACACCCCACCCUCCGCCUCUGGCGGAGAAGGGGAAGGAGUAGGUGGAGAAGUAAUGCUUGUCGCCUCUACUCCCUCGGCCCCAGUCACGGCUCCGGCCCUGGCCCCAAGCCUCACCCCGGCGUCCCAGCCUAACAUCUCCCUCCUUACAGACAACAACGCAGAGACACUCAGCGUGGAGUCGCUCACGCUGCUGCCCCCAGCAGGCUCACCACACCUGCACCCCUGUGCCAGCCACAUUCCCGCAGCGCACUCCCUCCAGAGACCAGACGCCUCCAUCGCGGAGGAGGAGGAGGAGGAAGAGGGGGAUAGGAAAGAAGAGCAAAGAGAAGAGGAGGGGCAGCAAGAGGAAGAGGGGUCGCCGAUGGAUGAGACGGAGACAGAUGCGACGGUAAAAGAGGAAACCACGACAGCGGAGUUGGUCACCCCCACUGACGAGGAACCAGAGGGAGUAGAUAAGCCAGAAGGUGAAGACACACCUCUAGAGGUGAAUAUAGACCAACUCUCGGCUGCAGAGCUGCAAGAAAGAGACGACUCAGAGUAUGUAGAGAACACAGAAGAUACAGAGAUGCACACUGACACACAAGACUCGCCUGAACUGGAUUAAGCAACACACACUCAAUCAUGGUCAUGCAUUUAGACUUGUCUCUAAGAGGACAGUGAAGUGUGAUAGUUAAUCUAUCCAGCUUGACUGCAGAAUAUUUUUAUGUUGAGACCUGUAGAUAAGGAUAGGAUUUUGGAGGCAUCUCAAAAUUUGUGUUUCACAUGAUGGAAGACUUUUUUUUUUUUUUUUUUUUUUUUUUUAAUAGAGACACUGGUCGAACUCGAGGAAGGCUUGAAGCACAUUUGGGUUUCUGUGCACUUGAGUAUAUCCGGUUGUGUUUUAAGCGAGCGUGUGCAAAGGCGCGCAACCAGCAACGUUUUUUACUCAUUCUGAUCGAUUGUUUGUCAGCUCAAAGAAACACACACAUUACGCCACAUGCUGCUGUCGUGAGCUCUUUAUCCACUUUAAAAAAGACCUGCUCUGUUUUUGUGUUCACCGCCAAUGUUUUGUGGUGGUUGUGGUCACUUCUACGCUAAACACACACACACUAUACAUACAGUCUACACAGAGUCAGCUGCACUUGCCUUUUAACCGCUGCAUGUCAAGACGUUAGCAGUUACUGCCACCUAGAACUGCCAAUGGGUUUGAUUUUGUGUGUGUGUGUGUGUGUGCGCUACAUGUUUAGUUGUUAUUCUUCCAGGUGUAAAGUAAUGAUCCAUUCAUUUACUAACUGGUGUCUAUUAUAGAAAAUGUAUUACAUCAUCUGCAGCAUCUUGAGCAAGGAGGGAGCAGGUCUCAUACUGUAAACGAUAAUUUGAUGUUAACGUGACGUUGUAGCUGUUGUGCCCUGCUAGUAAACAUUUUGAUUCCUACAUCUUGGAAUGUGAGGUGUGUGAAAGCAGCUCUUUGCUUGUCAUCACAGCCAGCAGUUGGUUUCCAUCAUAGUUCAUAUUAAUCUCUUGGGCUGACAGUUUUGUACGGGUUGCUUGAGUGCAGUGUAACAAAGCAUUUCUUCCCCGAUAUGCAACAGUAUUUAACAAACCUUGACCUCGUUGGAUUUGCUUUUAUUUUCAACUUCCAUUCUAGAUCACUAACUUCCUUCCCAUAUCCAUACUGUAGAUCAUAGCGUGCAGGGAUUAGAUAGAUGUGUGUUCAUUCAGAGAGGCGAUUCACCAAUCAGCAACCUGACCUACACUAGUUAUACAUAAUGGACAGCAGUUCACUGAUUAAUAGUAAAUAAUUCACUGAGUCCAUGCAGGCUGUCAUUCAUUCUCUACAUAAAGAGUUUCUGUCUGUAGCAACACAGGUGAACUGCUAUUUUACUCAUUGAAAAGCUGAGUAUCAUUUGAUGUAUUUAGGAAUAUAAAAAAAAAGUUAAUUUGCUUGGUUAAAUGAAAUUCUGACAGCCUCAUAGAGGGAUACAGUUUAAUAGAUAUCAGGGAUGUUAGACGUGCCGACUUCAAAGAGUCAUGAGACAACGUUUGAAAUAACAUCUGCGUUUUUAGUUCCGCACUCUGCCACAACAGCACUGCGUUGAAUGUAUCUGCUGGUUGCCCCUCAGCCACUGACCUGAGCUCAGUUUUACUCUCCAUUGUUUCUGGGAACGGGCUUCAAUAGAUAUGCUGCGUUCCAGUUACCUCGGAGGUCGGAGUUUGGAACUGGGAAUGACGUCACACCCGAAUUGAUUUGUGUUCUAGUAACGACUCGUAAAACCAUUAUAUUUAACGGGUUGAUAACAAUUCAUUAUGCUGUAUUUUGCAUGUACAAAUGCCAUAGCAACAUUUCCACAGAUAGAAGAUGGACAGUAACGUGUCCACGACUGAUUUAAUGAGACACAAAUAAGACAGAAGUGCUAACAAACAGUACAUUGAUACAGCUUUCGCUACUGCUGAUGCUCGGAGCAGCCAUGUUGACUUGUGAUGUCGGGGGUUCUCCAGACUUUCCGAGUGGGAAAUCCAGACUUUCAGGGGGGGGGCGUUCCAAUUGCCAUGUCCGACUGGGAACUCAGAAACUUUGACUUCCCAGUUCAACUGGAACGCACCAAAACGUGCUCUGAAAACUCCGAUUGCUGUUGGGAACAUCCUGUCUAUAAUUUGAUAAACUGUCUGUCAACACACGAUGCUGAGAACGAUGCGGGGAAAAAGAAUUCAAAUAAUAUUGGUAAACCAUAUAAUACCCAUUCUCCAGGAAAGACGAGCAGGAGUGUAAUUUGGAUGUUACCACCCCAAAAAAACCCUAAAGCACAGUGUUGCAAAGUUGCAUUGUCAUCUCAAAGUGGGCGCAAACUAGGGCUGGGCGAUAUGGAGAAAAUCAAAUAUCAUGAUAUUUUUGACCAAAUACCGAUAUCGAUUCCGCAACGAUAUUCUAGUUUUGACUAUUGAUGCUUUCACUAAAUAUUUACACAAUGAGAUUUUUGAU